AGAGACAGACAACACAAGGAAGGAAGGCCUCAAUCCGUCUGUUAAUCAUCCUAGUCCAUCACCAAAGAGUAAACAAACCCGAGAAACCCUCGCCGCCGCUUUCCCCCCACCAUUACUGCCCCCGAGAGGAAGGCACAGCUCCCAGGCGAGGAGGCGGCUCUGCCUGCUGCUGACUGCCGAAGGAGAGGGAGAUGCAGCGGCGCCGGGCGCAGACGUGGGCCGGGGUCGGGAAGACGGCGCAGGCGGCGGCGGCGCACGCCGCGCUCUUCUGCUUCACGCUCCUCCUCGCGCUCAGGGUCGACGGCCGCACCGACUACUCCUGGUGGAUUAUAUUCAUCCCGCUAUGGCUAUUCCAUAGCGUCGCCGCCCGCGGAAGGUUUUCAAUGCCAGCCCCUUCGCUGCCUCACGGGCGACAUUGGGCUCCUUGCCAUUCCGUCGUCGCCGCGCCGCUGCUGAUCGCGUUCGAGCUGCUUCUCUGCAUUUAUCUUGAAAGCGUAAGAGUUAGAAAUCAACCAGCUGUUGAUAUGAAGAUUGUGUUCCUCCCUCUGCUCACCUUUGAAGUGAUCAUUCUCAUCGACAAUUUUAGAAUGUGUAAAGCUCUAAUGCCAGGAGAUGAAGAAAGCAUGAGCGACGAAGCUAUUUGGGAAACACUUCCUCAUUUUUGGGUCGCAAUCUCUAUGGUGUUUCUUAUAGCUGCUACAACCUUCACACUUCUCAAGUUGUCUGGUGAUGUUGGUGCUUUGGGAUGGUGGGAUUUAUUUAUAAAUUAUGGGAUUGCGGAGUGUUUUGCUUUUCUUGUUUGUACAAGAUGGUUCAAUCCCAUGAUUCAUAGGCCUCCCACUCACGGGGAGGCUAGCUCGUCGUCAACCGCGAUUAGAUAUCGUGAUUGGGAGAGUGGUCUUGUCCUCCCAUCACUGGAAGACCAUGAACAUGAGAGAAUUUGUGGCCUUCCAGACAUAGGAGGUCAUUUCAUGAAAAUACCUCUGGUGGUUUUCCAAGUUCUGCUUUGUAUGCGGUUAGAGGGUACACCACCUAGUGCUCGCUACAUUCCUAUAUUUGCUCUUUUCUCCCCACUAUUUAUUCUACAAGGAGCUGGUGUCCUAUUUUCACUAGGAAGAUUGGUUGAGAAAGUUGUUCUGCUACUGCGUAAUGGACCAGUUAGUCCUAAUUACCUUACCGUAUCAUCAAAAGUCCGCGAUUGCUUUGCUUUUCUUCAUCACGGUUCAAGGCUUCUUGGUUGGUGGUCUAUCGAUGAAGGGAGCAAGGAAGAGCAGGCCCGGCUGUUUUAUACUGAAUCUAAUGGGUACAACACAUUCUCAGGCUACCCACCUGAGGUAGUAAAGAAAAUGCCUAAGAAGGAUUUAGCAGAAGAGGUUUGGAGACUCCAAGCUGCAUUGGGAGAGCAGUCUGAAAUCACGAAAUCUACUCAGCAGGAAUAUGAAAGGCUUCAAAAUGAGAAGGUACUUUGUAGGAUUUGCUAUGAAGGAGAAAUAUGCAUGGUCUUACUUCCUUGCCGGCACAGAACUUUAUGCAAGUCUUGUUCGGAUAAGUGCAAGAGAUGUCCAAUCUGCCGUAACCCCAUUGAUGAGCGCAUGGCUGUAUAUGAUGUUUAAACUUCACUGACUGGUCUGAACAUUACAAAUCUGUACAUGUGGGCUGUGAGAUGUCGUGCAUAUGGGGCUCGAUCACAACUUUAAGCUGAUUGAGAUCUGCACAACUUCAGAAAAGUUUAGCAAAUAUGGGGAAAUAUAUCUUGUCUAACCAAAAGGAAGGAAAGAUAGCUGCUGAGCGGUUUCUGGUCCCAGUUAUGUUCUGUAAGUAUUGUAAGUAUGCCAUCCUUGGCUUUUGGCUUCUUUUUGUGCCUCAUAGAUGUUUCAGUUUUACUUAGAUCGUGUUUCACUGUAAAUAAAAGUGUGUCCAUGUUGUUUGAAUACUGUGCUCCUUGGCCUUGAGUGAGAAAAAGUGAAGUUCUCCUA